AUGUCCGCCCUUGCAGCCCGACGCGCAGCACAGGCAAAGCUCAAUGCCACCGCUCCGGUCGCGGUAAAGGAAGUUUCGCCACCGCGUGAGCCUACUCCGCCUCCGAGCCCGACGCCAUCCGUUACAAGCACGUCCGAGUCCGAGAUCGAGGUCGAGUUCGAGGAGCCCGCGAGCAAGAAGCGCCGCGUUAACAAGAAGGAAAAGAAGGAGCAGCGGAAAGGAAAGUUGAGCAACAAGAAAGGAAGGUUCUUCGCGCCAGAGCCAGUGGAGGAGGAGCCCGCGCCCAAGUCGUCAAGGAGGAAACGGGCGUAUUCGCCUGGUGCGCCUCUUCCAAGCGACGACUCGUCUGGAGAGGACGACGGGAAUGAUGGCAGUAGCGACGAAGAGGGCGCAUUAUUUAGUGGUGCUGCAACUCCAUGGUCGGCUGUGCCGAGCCCCGGCCCGGACGUGGUUCAGAGGUUGAGUAAUGCCCAGUUGAGACCAUACACGUCCGAUUUCCAGCCGCGCGAGGGUAUGAACUUUGCCCGACUCGGGAACGAGUCACUCCUUGCCGUGCUCGGAUCAGGUCCUGCAGUGGCCGUUUCGUUGGGAGAAGGCGAGACUCUUGCAAUCGUUGGUACAUUCAAACUCGUCCCCCUCCAGCACUCCAUCUCCCUCCUCUCCGCGACUCUCCACCCGGCAGAGGACGACGUCCAUUCGUACCCCGUCUUCGCACCCACGUGCUACCCAGUGCCAGUCAUCGCGCCCAUUAUCAAUCCUGACCAGCUGGCCUGCUCCUUGGUGCUCCAGGAUAUUAAGCUGCCCAAGGGAUUUCUGCGCGACGCUUCCCGUGCCAUCUUCCUCUUGCAGGAGAACCGCACUGGUAUCGAAGGCUUGACAGGCGACGUGGUGCCCGGUUUCAACAACAUCUGGGCCGGGGACAAGGGGGCAUGGGGCCUCUCUGGUGUGCAUCCUGUCACUGCCAACUUCGCGCCAGUGUAUGCACACUCCACGCCGGCGUCAUGGGCCGAUGCGCUCUCCUCGCUCGAACAGUCGCCUCCACCUGACGACGACGAGGAUACGCCCGCCGAGCGUAUCCCCGUGGUGGUAGUGAAAGGCCCCAAGCGGAGCGGCAAGUCAUCUCUCGCCCGCGCGGCCUUAAACUGCCUCCUAGGCGACUUUUCUCGCGUCGCAUGGCUCGAAUGCGAUCUUGGCCAGGGCGAGUUCGGCCCCGGCGGGACAGUAGGCCUGUGGCUUCUCGAUGCGCCCGUACUAGGCCCGCCAUUCACACAUCCCUGCGAACCCGUCCGCGCUACAUAUCUCGGCGAGCUUAGUCCCCAGCCUUGUCCCGACGCGUACAUGGCAGCGGUGCACUCCGCCAUCCAACACUACCAGUUCGAGGUGCAGUAUCCCUCCGCGUCGCUGCAGGGUGCCAGUACGAGGCGGACCGACGUGGUUCCCCUCGUUGUGAAUACGCAGGGCUGGACCCGUGGGCUGGGUGAGGAACUCAUGCGCGCGAUUGAGGUCGCUGCCGAGCCGACGCACAUCUUCGCCUUUGAUGAGCGCGAUGACGCUCUCGACAUCGUUCAUUCGGGAGGAACUAGACAAUCAGCUCAGGUAUUCGCCGUUACCCCGGCACCCGCGUCGCCCCUCCAGCCCCGCUACUCGGCAGCGGAUAUGCGCGCCCUCGCCCUCCUGUCGUACAUGUAUGCCGUGGGUCUUAAUGGGAGAUGGGAUGUUUCAGCACCCCUCUUCGCACAGCGUCCAUGGACCGUGACGCUUGGCGAGGGGAUCAAGCGCGCCUACCUCAUCGGGGAGGGGAGCGAGGCUGUGAGGCCCUCCGACUUGCCGCUCGCGCUCAACGCGUCUCUCGUCGCUUUCCUUGAAGUUCCCGAGCUGGAAGGGCCAGUGUACGAGCAGGGCUCGACAACGCCCGAAGACGCGUCCUGUCUCGGCCUCGCUCUCGUCCGCGCUGUCCGUGUUGCGGAGCGCACACAGCUCCAACUCCUUACCGCCCUCCCACCCGCAACGCUUGCUCGGGCCACUGCGAUCGUACGUAACGGUGCCCUCGAGCUACCUCCAGCCGGCAUGCUCGACUGGCGCGAGCGCGUGCCAGGCGGCGGUGUACCAGAUGAGGGAUUUGCUGGGGUGCGGUGGGAGGAUGUGCCGUUCUUCGAUGUGGCCGGGUCGGGUGCCAUCGGCGGCGACAGACGCCGGUUCAGGAAGAAUCUGCAGCGCAAGAACCAGCAGGGUUAG